GUGGCUAGCAGUGGAAUCCAGGACAGCGCUAGUUGAUAUGUGUCAAAUUAAUCUUUACUGACAGAGAUGCACUCAUCUUUCAUUUCACCAUAAACCUUUAAUAUCAUUUCAUAAUAGUCAUUCUCGGAUCUUAUUUGUUUCCUCUUCUUUUUAGUUUUUCGUUACCAUUAGUGUUAUUCCUGCUUUUUUGUUUCAUCUUAUAUAUUCCACUUAUAUAUACUCUUUUAUGUUAAAGCAACUUGAGGGUUAAUGCAUAUUUAUCUUACGCUAUUUGUACUUGUCAGAAAUUCAAUAGACCUCUGUGUACUGGAUUUUAGUGCAUAGCCGUUAGAGAUUAGUUAUCUUUUCUGAAAGAAAUACCUCACAUUUUGAAACAUAUUACACUGUGAAUAAUGAAUUCCAAUCAGAAAUCUUCAGAAAAUAAAAGUUUUACAUCAAAUGUCAGUGAUAAUCAUCAAACUGUAUUAGAUCGUUUAACUGAACGUCAUAUACAGAGUCAAGUUUUUAAUAGUCAACGAAAAGAAGUAUUGAACAGUGAAAAUGUUGACUCAUGUGGCAAUCGAAAUAUUCAUGAAAAUUUUUUACAACAAUUCACUCAAUACAAAUUAGCUAUUGUUACAGAUUUAGAAGAUGUGACCAAAAAAGUACACGAAUGUGAUUUACCAAUAAAUGAACGUACUCAGUUUGUGGAUGACAUGUUAGCUCGGUUAGAACAUAUGCAGAAUUGGUUGAAUGAAACGUCAAUGUAUCUUACUUCAUUCGAUAAUGAACAAGCACGUUUAGAGUUAAAGAGCUUAAAUGAUCUAUUUCAAGAGAAAAAAACAGAAUUAUUACCAAAUAGGAAAUUUGGUUUUUCAUGUCAACAGACAACUAAGAAACAGGGCAAUGUAAAUAAAAGUGAAUGUUAUCCAGAACCUUCAACUUAUAACACAUCAUCUAUUGUUGCCCCGAUCAAUAAUGACUCAGUAAUUUAUGAUGAACGUUUCAGUUUAAUCAAUAUUACUGGCCCUAAACAUUUUAUUAUACCAAAUAUCAAUUGUUCAUCUGACUCAUUUAUUUCACAAACUGUUUACUUGAUUGAUUUAAUAGAUUGUACAAUCGAAAUACGUCAUGUAUUUGGUAGUUUAAUUGGUCGUCGUUUAAAAAAUUGUAAAAUUUACGCCUAUCCUAUUUCAGGUUCAGUAUGGCUUGAUGAAUGUGUUAAUUGUGACUUAGUAUUUGCUUGUCGUCAAUUAAGAAUACAUCAAACAUCUAAUUGUCGACUUGGAUUACAUAUGGCUAGUCGACCAAUUAUUGAACAAUGUACAAAUUUAAAAGUAGCUCCAUAUCAACUUGUUUAUAAAUCACUUGAUCAAGAUUUAUCUACAGCUGGUCUAUCAACUAAUAGUAAUUUAUGGCAUGAAGUUGAUGAUUUUAGUUGUCCUAAUAGACGACUUACAAAAACUUCUCCAAAUUGGUGUAUAAUGCCUGAAGUCGAUUGGUCUUCAUUAUGCCCAAAUAAAAAUUAA